UGCUGUUCCGCGCUUGUUGGGCCGGCUUCGGUUGGCGCUCGCCGUUUGGGCCGCUCAGUCGCCCGGAGCGCGGGACAGCGCACGUGUGUUUGACACGGCGGCGGGCUCACCUGACGACGCUACGGCAGAGGGCUGCUGACAAGACUGCCUUCGACGACCGACGCCACGUCUGUUUGCCUUCGCCAUCCUGCUGCUGCUCCUGCUCCGUCCGCUAUUAUUGUUUUUUGUUCCUUCGAACUUUCGUUUUUCUUUCGGGAUCUUCAAGUCUGUCACGGAUCUCCUCGCGACGAGUCGCCUUCCUGUCGACAACUCGUUGCAAGUAACGAAGUGUUGUGCGCUUCGGUGUUUCUUGACGAGAGCGGUGUCGCAUGCUGCCCAGCUUUGGCGGGACUGACGUAACAGUGUUUCCGCGUUAAUUUCUAGUCAGCGAAACGCGAGUUAAGCAAGAAACCUUGCCACUCACUGUCUCGAACGGGAACGCAGCUCAGAAACCAUUUGCCUAUUUUGUGGUUUCCAUUGUCUUUCACGACGAAAAAAAAGUCCAGGUAGGUCUCCGAAUUACCAGUGUUAUAUAGGGAACAAGCAGUGCUUAGGAGAGUAGUUAAGGAAGAAUCUAAUCGUAUCUGUUUGCAGCGGUUGGUGUCCUUUAACGCUUUCGUUGCGUUGCUCCUUUAUCGGAAUGUUAAUGGUUGGUCGUGAAAAAGUCGUUAGUGUCCUUCAACGCUGAAACUGCGUUAGUCUGUCAUCGGUAUGUUAACGUUCUACUUUGGAAUAGUCGUCGUUUACCUGGAAUCAUUCGAUCGAGGGCAAAUGUCAUUUCUGUGAUUUCUGUGAUAAAAAAAAUUUAAGUGAAUGUAAUAAAAGCAACGAAUCGUGUGAUAAGUUCUAUCGGCGAGUGACCUGUGCUGCCGGAGCCUAGCGCACAGAUUAAAGAAAAAAAUUGUGAUCCAUACGGGCAGUUUUUGCCACUUUGUUGACAAUCACGAAAGCACUCCGUACCAUACGUAAGUCCACUCUCACGUCCUGCAGUGACGGUUGCAGCAGUCGACUCUUAGCUAGGCACGGUAAAGAUUUAUCGGUACGACCACUCAACCAGCCGUUACGUAUUCUCUAAUAGUUCGUGCCAACUCCACGCAAAACAAAUAAAAAGAAAUUAUUUUCCCUGUGCCCUAUCGCCGGUUUCCUUUGUGGUCAGGCACAGAACCCAUCGAGCUGACAUUGGGUACACCGCAUACGCGCCAAUUAUAACCAGACCGCCGCGGACAUAAGCAGUCAGACGCGACGCGUCGCGCGGGGCACACUAAUGCGGCCGCCGUGUGCGGACUGAAUCAGCGAUGUCUUUUGUGACCGGCACCAGCGAAGAACUGGGGCAUCGGAACUGACUGACUGACCGCUAUCGCGUGGCGUGUGAGUACUGCCUACAGUGCGUACGCGUACAUCUUCACUGCUCUCGUCGUCUGCUCCGCCGCAGCCGCGGAACAUCUGUUACGUUUGACGCCGCGCGACGGGGAACAGGACAUCGUCUCGCUGUGGUGCCCGGUCUGCGACUCGACCUCCUACCGAGCACAUGCUGCGCUCCACACCUCCGGCGGCCAUGGUGCGGCCCGGCGCAUCCUGGUUGUCUGUGACCAACUCGACUCCUUCUUACUCGAGAACUGUGAACGCCAUGGCGGCGUACGGCGGCGAGGUGUAUGAACCGUUAGGCGGCGAAGAAGGCCGAAGUCAGACGGCAGCGCCGCCCGUGCAGGACAAUGGCUCCUGGAACAACGCGAGCGACUACGACGACCUGUACUCGAUCCCGUCGGACCUGUGGAUGCGCUACUCGCCGUCUAUCGUGGCCAUCUUCUGCCUGGCGUACACUGUGGUCUUCAUCAUUGGACUGCUGGGCAACAGCUUCGUGGUAGCCGUGGUUGCGCGCUCACCGCGAAUGCGCACCGUCACCAACUAUUUCAUCGUCAACCUGGCCAUGGCCGACAUCCUGGUCGUCGUGUUCUGCAUUCCGGCUACGCUCGUCGGCAACAUCUUCGUCCCUUGGAUGCUUGGCUGGUUCAUGUGCAAGACGGUGUCGUACCUUCAAGGCGUAGCAGUCAGUGCCUCCAUCAACACACUGGUAGCUAUAUCCAUGGACAGAUGCCUGGCGAUCUGCUAUCCGCUCAAGUGCCAGUUGUCGACGCGAAGCGUGCGCAAGAUACUUCUGGUCAUCUGGACCUUCUCGGUGGCCAUCACGUUCCCCUGGGCUCUUUACUUCACACUGCAGCCCAUCCACCCCAGCAUACCAGGUGUCACGCUCUGCGUCGAGCAGUGGCCGGACGAGCGCUCCUCAACGCUGUACUUUAUCCUCGCGCACCUCGUGCUUUGCUACAUCUUCCCGUUGCUGCUCAUCGUCGUCUGCUACGGCUGUAUUUGGGUCAAGGUGUGGCGGCGUAACAUCCCGGGCGAGAGCAAGCAGACAGACGUGAUGGUGCAGAAGUCCAAGCUCAAGGUGGUGAAGAUGAUGCUAGUGGUGGUGGUGAUCUUCGUCCUCUCUUGGCUGCCACUGUACAUCAUCUUCACGAGGCUCAAGCUGGGAAGCGCCCCCGAAGAAGGCAGCGUUGACUGGAACCUCAUGGUCAUCCUGACGCCCGUGGCGCAGUGGCUGGGCGCCUCCAAUAGUUGCAUCAACCCGGUGCUAUACGCGUACUUCAACCGCAAGUUCCGUCGCGGGUUCGUGGCUAUCAUCAAGAGCCGCAGCUGCUGCGGCACCCUGCGUGAGCCAAGUUCGCUCCGGGGAACCACCAUCCGCUCGGCCGCCGGAGGCGCUGGAGCCGCCACCCACAGGGGCCUCUCCAGGUCUGAGAUUCCGGAGUGCGUAGAGCACCCUCGAGCCAGCGCGAAAAAAGAUACGUUGCUAACCAAUGGCCGGACGGACGCCGAAGAAAAGCACGCGAAGGUGUCCCUGGUAGCCUAACCCAUUCCGUGCCCUUGAGCCCGCUCCCACCCACACACUCCCGCAGCCACCAACAGCACCGCCCUGCUCCCGCUGUGCUUCCGCUGCGCGGCCUGUCGCGCCUGCCAGUGUACAAAAGUGCGUGCAUCGGUGGAACACCAUGUCUCGCCGGAGUGCGGUGGCCGAUGCUUCUGAAGUCGAUUUUGGGGGUGGUCUGCGCGCCGCUGACAGCAGCGAGCACCUCUGGCGAACUCCUGGGCUAGCCUCAGGGCUAAGCGUGAGCUUUGUAAACCCUUAAUUUAUGCAAUUACUUCCUUUUCUUGCCCUCCCACUAUCAACGUUUGAAACAAUUUCUAGCUAUAGAAGCGAAGUCGCCCUCGCGGUGGUUUGUCAUUUGUAUAGGAUCGAAAUGAAUUUCUGUAGCUGUCCUCCGGGCUCUAAUCCACGGAGCCGUUGGUGAACAAAAAGCAUUUGUUAGAAAGAGCAGCAUCGAAUGGCGACGGCGGACGAGGUGAUAACGGAGAUGGUGCGCAAACAUGUCUUACGAGCAAAAAUAUUGGUGAAUUCAGUUCCGUAUGUCUAUUACUGAGCGCUCUUUCAUGAAUGCUCACCAAAAAGAAAAUUUUAAAAAAUCGCGAGGCUUAAGGCGUGAAGUAUUGUAAUAUACGCCUCUGUAACGAGCUUUACUCGCCGUCUUUAGAACUGUAGGUAUGGCCCAUUUAAGGACGAUAAUGCUGCAUCUUCGUCGAUGACCGAUUCUAGAUUGCAUCAGUAAUGGCACGAGACUAUUGACAACAAUUGUAAAGCAAGUAAAAAAAAAACAGAAACAGAGGUUUUGUUCCGCAGUUUCACUCCCCAUUUACUUUAACUAUUUCGUGCCAAGCAAAAAAUGAAAGAGAGAGAGAGACAGAGAAAAUUACAAAAGGGGUUUGAAAAUAAAGAAAGAAUGUUGGUGAGAAUAAUGUUCGGCUGCCGAUAGCGUUACCCUCAGCCGUAGCGCUUAAAAAGAAAGAAACGAAGAAAGCAAGGAAAAUAGUUGAUCAUCUUUUCAUCACUUUGCCUCCUGCUGAGGAAAUGGUUAACAAUGUCCCAGUUAAUUCUAAACAAAAUGCAUUCAGCGCUGUAGCAAUCGUCUCUGUGUUCGUAGUUUUUCAUGUUGUUAGUCCUCUGGUAAUCUGUAAUAUGUGAUGUCAGCCAUUGCUUUUAUUCCUUUCUCUUUAUUUUUGACUCAAUUUGUCUCCCAGUCUCCCAUGUAAUAUAUGACGCUGUAAAUCUCUCUCGGGUGAUACGCAGAACCUUCUAGAUGUGUCCGUGAGCUCAUGAAGAUGGUUGUUCAUCGUGGCCACGUUUGUUUUUACUUGUGAUUGUCCAACCAGAAAUGAAGUUUCAAUAAACUUUCUGUAAUAUAGCUCGUUGCUGUCAGCAGUUGCUCGACUGCACCGGUCGGCGUAUGUUUCGAAGCCUGUAUAGCUUAUAAUCUGAGAGAAUGGAGGCACCCUCAACAUUUAUUUAUAGGGCGCCUUAGACACCAAGACAGAAACAAUAAAUACACAACGCGAACACAACAUGAUUUAUUGUUUUAUACUUGGUUAUGGCCUGUACGUAUUGUACGUAAGUAUGUGUAUGUCUGCGUGUGUGAAGUAUAAGUAAAUAAAGA